UAGACUACGCUCUCUUCUCUCUUUCAUAACAAAAACAAACUAAAAAAAAAAGUUAAAGAAAAUUUAAGCUUUCUCUCUCUAGAAAAUACACUAAAAUUGAAUUGGUUGUUGGUUGUUUCUCUCUCUAAAACCAGACUUUUUAUUGCUUCUUUUAGGAGAGGGUUUGAUAGAGUGACAGGUUUUUGUGUUUGAUUCUUUUAUUGGGAAUGGGGAUUCCGGCGAGGAGGAGCGGCGGUAGUAGAGUGACAGUUUGGUGAUGGAGGAAGAUCAACACAGCUGCAGCUGCUUCUAUUACUAUUAUCAUAAUUAUUAUUAUCAUUUUAAUCAAUGAAUUUUGACGCCGGAAUUCCGAUGUCCCGUUCAGCUCCGCCAUCUCAGCCGCCUCCGCCUGUGACUGAGGAUCCCUCUCUUUCACCCUCCUUGACUGAAGAUGCAAUGUGGCAAAUGAACUUGAGAUCAAGUGAAUCUAUGGAAUCUGGGCCCUAUCCCGAGCGCCCUGGAGAGGCAGAUUGUUCUUAUUAUAUCAGGACAGGACUUUGUAGAUUUGGAGCUACUUGCCGAUUUAAUCAUCCGCCUAACAGGAAGCUGGCUAUAGCUGCUGCCAGAAUGAAAGGGGAAUUUCCAGAAAGGAUGGGGCAACCCGAAUGCCAGUACUAUCUGAAGACAGGAACUUGCAAGUUUGGAGCAACAUGCAAGUUUCAUCAUCCUAAAGAAAAGGCUGGGAUUGCUGGAAGAGUCUCCUUAAACAUUUUGGGCUAUCCACUUCGACCAAAUGAGAUGGAGUGUGCUUAUUAUUUAAGAACUGGACAGUGCAAAUUUGGAAGCACUUGUAAAUUCCACCAUCCUCAACCAACUAAUGUUAUGGUUCCAUUGCGUGGAUCCCCUGUUUAUCCUACUGUUCAGUCUCCAACUACUCCUGGUCAGCAAUCCUACCCAGGAGGAGUUACAAACUGGUCAAGAGCGUCUUUUAUUACUAGCCCACGCUGGCAAGCUCCUUCAAGUUACACACCCCUGAUUUUACCUCAAGGAGUAGUGUCUGUUCCAGGAUGGAAUGCGUACAGUGGUCAGUUGGGGUCAGUUUCAUCUCCAGAGGGUCAGCAACAAACAGGAAACAGUCAGAUGUAUGGAACCACGCGUCAAGCUGAAGCAGUGAACACGGGAUCUCAAGGGACUCUUUCUCCAUUACGUGCUGGCUCUAUGCCAGUUGGAUUUUAUGCACUGCAAAGGGACAAUGUUUUUCCGGAGAGACCUGGCCAGCCUGAAUGCCAGUUUUACAUGAAAACUGGCGACUGUAAGUUUGGUGCAGUUUGUAGAUUUCAUCACCCAAGAGAAAGGCUAAUUCCUGCUCCAGACUGUGUCUUGAGUCCCAUAGGCCUGCCUUUACGCCCGGGAGAGCCAUUGUGCAUCUUCUACUCUCGUUAUGGUGUCUGCAAGUUUGGUCCAAGUUGCAAGUUUGACCAUCCUAUGGGGAUUUUCACAUACAAUCUAUCGGCAUCAUCUUCAGCUGAUAGCCCAGUUCGACGUUUAUUGGGGUCAGCAUCUGUAUCUGCUGCAUUAAAUUUAUCACCAGACGGGCUUGUUGAUUCAGGCUCAACAAAGCCCAGACGACUUUCACUGUCAGAGCCAAGACAGAUGCCUUCUGGUGAUGAUGAUAUCGAUGCAGAAGGAUAACUUCUUCCGCAAGACUUCUGUGUACAAUCCUUCAGGAUAAAACAAGUGUUGUCUGUAAAUUCAUUUCCCAUUGCUGGAGAUGUACAGAGUUCAUGCCAAGCUGAUAAUGCUAUUCAGUUGACAGACAUGUCUCCUCUGAAUUUCAUUUAGCUGCAUUGUACAAUCUGCAAAUAUUUGUCACAUUUGGUAAAACCUAUGUGAACAUUUCUUCUGUCUCAAGGCCCAUUUUUUCCUUUUCA